CUGCUGUGGCCAGUAGGACUCCUGUUAGAUGAGUGAGCGGAGCCCGGAGUUCCUGGAACCGGUUAUUCGGAGUGGGGGGCAAUAAAAAUCACAGUCCAAGAAACGGUUACCCUGUAAUACAUUCCCUCCCUGUAUCACAGCAAAGAGCGGCGGCUGAUCCCUCGGACCGGAUCAAGGGCGUCGCCGCUCGUUAGUCCGAGGGUGCUUCGGGGCCGUUCCUGCAUAUUCCCCCCUCCCGCCCAGUUUUGUCACAGAGGGAGGUGGUGGAGCGCACAGCCGCCAUCUUUUGGGACUUGCCUAUGAGGGAAAGGAGCUGCUGGGCCACGGGUAGCCUUGGGGUGGAGUUUCUGCACACUGAACAACAGCGGCAGUGGAUCGGUGUGACAGCACAAAAUAAGCCCGGGGGCAGCGCUGCAGUGAACGAGAGACCCCCGAUUCCGCACCGUUCUGUCUCUGCCGACCGAUCCAGCGGCUCGAUCACUACAGCCCUCUUUUCAAACCUGGCCUGUCGGAAGGGUGCCCAUGCCUGCAAGGCCGCUGUCCUGCAGAUGAGCCAUCGGCGGCUGGCAUCGCGUCACAGACCCAGAUAGUCCCCGGCGGCCGCACCGCGCCCUUUCCCUCCCCCAGCCCAGCAUGCCCACCCCCAGCCGGGCGGGGAGCCUGAAGGAUGCUGAGAUUGCCGAGCUCUUCUUCAAGGAGGACCCUGAGAAGCUCUUCACCGACCUGCGCGAGAUUGGCCAUGGCAGCUUUGGCGCCGUCUACUUCGCGCGGGACGUGCGGAACAUGGAGGUGGUGGCCAUUAAGAAGAUGUCCUACAGUGGGAAGCAGUCCACCGAGAAAUGGCAGGACAUCAUUAAGGAGGUGAAGUUCCUACAAAGGAUACAGCACCCCAACAGCAUCCAGUACAAGGGCUGCUACCUGCGGGAGCACACAGCCUGGCUGGUAAUGGAGUACUGCUUAGGCUCCGCAUCAGACCUCCUGGAAGUGCAUAAAAAACCUCUCCAGGAAAUAGAAAUAGCAGCCAUUACCCAUGGUGCUUUGCAGGGGUUAGCCUACCUUCACUCCCACAACAUGAUUCAUAGGGACAUUAAGGCCGGAAACAUCCUGUUGACAGAACCUGGGCAGGUAAAGCUGGCAGACUUUGGCUCCGCCUCCAUCGCUUCCCCCGCCAACUCCUUCGUAGGGACGCCAUAUUGGAUGGCCCCCGAGGUGAUUCUGGCCAUGGACGAGGGCCAGUAUGAUGGCAAGGUGGACGUCUGGUCACUUGGCAUCACCUGCAUUGAGCUCGCGGAGAGGAAGCCCCCGCUUUUCAACAUGAACGCGAUGAGUGCCUUAUACCACAUAGCACAGAAUGAGAGCCCCAUCCUGCAGUCCAGUGAAUGGACGGAUUACUUUAGAAACUUUGUCGAUUCUUGCCUUCAGAAGAUCCCCCAGGACAGGCCUACGUCUGAGGAGCUGUUGAAGCAUGCCUUUCUCCGGCGGGAACGGCCCGAUUCUGUGGUGAUAGACCUGAUCCAGAGGACAAAGGAUGCCGUCCGCGAACUCGACAACCUGCAGUACCGCAAGAUGAAGAAGAUCCUGUUCCAGGAGACCCCCAACGGCCCAGUCGUGGAGGUACCCGAGGAGGAGGAGGAGCCAGAGCACGGCCCGGGACGCACGGGCACCGUGAGCAGCGUGGGCAGCAACCAGUCCAUCCCCAGCAUGUCCAUCAGCGCCAGCUCCCAGAGCAGCUCUGUCAACAGCCUGCCAGACGCCGCUGGUGCCGGGGACGACCGCAGCGAGCUGGAGCUGCUGGAGGGCGACCACACCGUCAUGUCCAACAGCUCUGUCAUCCACGUUCAGCCAGAUGAGGAGUGUUUCCAUGACAACCCAGAACCACAAAGGCGGCUGUCAGAGCCGCAGUCCCCACCCGCACAGACACCCCGGACCAAGCCUCGCUACCGGAACCGCGAGCACUUUGCCACUAUCCGGACCGCCUCCCUGGUAACGCGGCAGGAGCAGGACUCAGAGCUGCGAGAGCAGAUGUCCGGAUACAAGCGCAUGCGGAGGCAGCACCAGAAGCAGCUGAUGGCGCUGGAGAACAAGCUGAGGGCCGAGAUGGACGAGCACCGGCUGCGGCUGGACAAGGAGCUGGAGGCCCAGAGGAGCAGCUUCAGCGGAGACAUCGAGAAGCUGCUGAAGAAGCAGCAGGCCUCCCUGGAGAAAGAGGUUAAGAUGGUCGCUGAUGAGGAGAGGAAGUUCCAGCAGCACAUCCAGAGCCAGCAAAAGAAGGAGCUCAGCAGCUUCCAGGAGCUACAGAAACGAGAGUACAAGCUACACAGGCAACAGCUCAAAGAGGAGCUUCACGAGAACCAGUCGACACCCAAGAAGGAGAAGCAGGAGUGGCUCUCCAAGCAGAAGGAGAACAUCCAGCACUUCCAGGCGGAGGAGGAGGCCAACCUGCAGCGGAGGCAGCGUCAGUUCCUGGAGCUGGAGAGCCGACGCUUCAAGAGGCGCGUGCUGAUCGUCCGGCACAACGCGGAGCAGGACCUGCUGCGUGAGGAGCUGAACAAGCGGCAAACGCAGAAGGACCUGGAGCACGCCAUGCUGCUGCGGCACCACGAGUCCACACAGGAGCUAGAGUUCCGGCAGUUGGCGCUGGUGCAGCGGACGCGGGCCGACCUGAUCCGCACGCAGCACCAGAGCGAGCUCACCAACCAGAUGGAGUAUAACAAACGGAGGGAGCGUGAGCUGCGCAGGAAGCAUGCCAUGGAGGUGCGGCAGCAGCCCAAGAGCCUGAAGUCCAAGGAGCUGCAGAUUAAGAAGCAGUUCCAGGACACGUGCAAGAUCCAGACGCGGCAGUAUAAAGCUCUGAGGAACCACCUACUGGACAACACGCCCAAGUCGGAGCACAAGGCCGUCCUCAAGCGGCUGAAGGAGGAGCAGACGCGCAAGCUGGCCAUCCUGGCGGAGCAGUACGACCACUCCAUCAACGAGAUGCUGUCCACGCAGGCCCUGCGAUUGGACGAGGCGCAGGAGGCGGAGUGCCAGGUGCUGAGGAUGCAGCUGCAGCAGGAGCUGGAGCUGCUCAACGCCUACCAGAGCAAGAUCAAGAUGCAGACGGACGCGCAGCACGAGCGCGAGAAGGAUGAGCUGGAGCAGAGGGUGUCACUGCGUCGGGCGCUGCUGGAGCAGAAGAUCGAGGAGGAGAUGCAGAGGCUGCAGAUGGAGCGUUCUGAGCGCAUCCGUAGGCUGCUGGAGCGGCAGGCGCGUGAGGUGGAGGCCUUCGACUCAGAGAGCAUGCGGCUGGGCUUCGGCAGCAUGGCGCUGUCCGGCCUGUCGCCCGAAGCCCUAAGUCACAGCUACCCCGGGGCCCCUGCCGGCUGGGCCGCUCACCAGCACCCAAGCAGCCACGGCCAUCCCUGGGGGGGCGGUGGCCACCAGCAGCAGCACCACCACGGCCACGGCGGAACUGCAUCUCCCUGGAGCCACGCCUCCGCCGGCUCCCUGGGGGCCCUCCCCCGGGUGGGCCCCGGUGUGGGGGCGAGGAACAGCCCGCAGGCGGCUAGGAGAAUGGCGCCAGGGGGGGCAGCGCGCGGCGAGGCGGGUAUGAACCGCAGCACCAGCAUCGCCUCACAAAUUUCUAACGGGUCACAUGUGUCCUACACAUAAGGGGGGGUGCGGGGGGUGGGGCAGGAGGCAGACAUGGGCCAGACUGCCCCCC